AUGGAGUCGCUACCUGUUCUGAACGGAGGAGGCAGGCAGCCUGAUGCCAUCAUAGCACGUCAGAAAAAGCUCCACGAUAACGACACCACAAGGGUCGAUAACACGGCUCACGCUCAGGUCGGUGUUGGCGUACUGGCAGAACACAACCUCGCCGAUAGAAUAAUCGAUUCGAAGCCUAUCAGCGGAAGGGUGGCGACCAAUUUCCAUGUAGAAUAUGAGACCAUCCCUGAGGAAGUCCAGUGUGCACUGUCCGAAGUGCCGAAUACAGAAUCCCUCAUACUGAUGGGCGAUUUUAAUGCGCACGUCGGAGCAGACGCUGAAAAUUGGAACGGCGUGACUGGAAAAAACGGCCCUAGCGACCUCAACAAUAACGGCAUGAAGUUGUUGCGGUUUUUGUGCAAACAACGGAUUGUCCAUUAUUAA